CAGACGAAAUCACAGUAAAACUACACAGAAGAACGACGAGUGCUCGCGCUUACGAAACGAGCGUAGAAGGAUUUUUAACACCCAAAAAAAAAACGUAUUUAUUUAUAUUUAUUUAUUUAUAGUCGUUUUAGUUACACUCCAUUUAGUUAAAAUGAAUCGAAUGGGGAGUAUGUGCACGUUUGAUGAAAUCAGAGUGGAUGACAGAGUGAACGGGUACAGAAGACUCAGACUCACUCUACACGACCAGAACCAACAGCAGCCUAUCACAGAAAAGCCAAUCGGCAGAGCUUUUGAUUUGGUGCAACCAACCAGUGAAAGGCAGCCACUGAAGACAGAGGUGACCAAGCCGCCUGAGGAGCCCAUUGAGGUCAUAAAGAUAUAUCUGGACGAGCGUAAACAGGCACAAGCCAGACACCAACAAAGUCUAAAGAUGCUCUCAGACGAAGUUUCACAAAUACAGGAGGUAAGAUAUUGUCUGAAGAACCUCAGGGAGCAGAUGGCAGCUAAAAGUCAAAGAACAGAACACAAGCUGGUGUUAGCUGGUACUGGUCCCAGAAAAGUAAAUGGCACUCAUUCAGUCCUCAGUGGUUUAGAGAAACAGGAGAGUGUGGAUGAGCAGGAGAGAGAGAAGAUGAGGGAGGCCAGUAAGCGUCUGUAUGGUCAGCUGCAGGAGGCGGAGAAGAGGAACCAGGAAGAGAGAGACAAACUGCUGGCAGAGGCUAACCAGUACAAGCAGCAGUUAUCUGAGCAGAAUGACUAUCUGAAGAGGGUUCAACAGAGCAAAGAGCAGCAGGAUCAGCAGAUCCAAGACCUUCAACGUCUCAUGAGCGGGAUGGAGCAAGAGAGCUCCUCCCUCAGAGACCAGCUCAUGACCAAACAAGCCGAACUCCUGCAGAUGAGGGAAAAAAACAAGGAGGGGCAAGCAGGGAGGCAGAGUUUGGAAGAGCAGGAGAAGGAAAAUGCUAUUCUGAGAGAGAAGAUUCAUCACUUGGAUGACAUGCUCAAGAGUCAACAGAGAAAACUCAGGCAAAUGAUUGAGCAGCUUCAAAACUCACGCAUGGUAAUUCAGGAGAGAGACCGGGCGAUCAGGGAGCUGGAGGAGAAGGUGGCCAUGCUGGAGGCAGAGAACAAACAAAUGCGUGAUCAGAUGGAUUACUACUUGGGGAGUCAAAGGUCGAAUUCAUACUUGCCAUCAGAUAGCAAUGCGCAGAUUGUCUACAGCAAGCCUCUGAGACCAUCCACCCAUACCAACAAAAGCCUGCCCUUCAUCAAGGUCAUUGAGAUUAAAUCGUGAAUGUUACCACAGCAACUUUACAGCACUGCUAUGACAAUAGCACCAUCCUCCAAUACACAGUGCACCGCUGCAACAUCAAUGACCACACACCACAGACCUUCAUCAAAGGACAUUCUGAUUGCUUUAACAUCAAUCUAACUGUCUGAAGAACUGUUUUCCCAAGAGUACUGUUAACAGUGCAGAGCAUGUAGAGUACAGUUCUGUUACCUAACAUUAUUAUUAUUACCGUUAUUAAUACAUUUUCCGGAAUAUUGAAGUGACAGUUUUGGUUUGGCAGAACAAGGGCUGAAUAUAUCAAUAAAUAUGAAGACAUGUAAUGCAACUCGAAGUGAGAAACUCAUUCCCGUUAAUCAGAGGAGUACUUCUGUAUUUAUUUGAGGCUGGCCCUCUGAAGACGACGUCCCUCAAUGAACAUAAAUGGACAGAUAGAUUGUGUUGCUAACACACCCCGUUGAAGCUCUUUAUCUGUCUUAAUCUGCCUCAGCAUUAACUUGGCUAAAAAACUUUAAUGAAAUUAUAGGCUCUUAUUCUGAAUUUGAAAUGACUUUAAAUGGAUGAGAAAAGUGUUCUGUCCUUGCUUUGAUGAAGAAAUUUAAAACAUUGAAAAAGAAGGGGAAGGUCAUUCCCAGGUAUAUGAUGAAGGAUUGUAUAUUUGUAUCUAUAUUAAGGCAGAAAAUGUGCUAUUUGCACUUUUGCAAACAAAUCUGUGAUAAGCAGUCUAAUGACAUUCAAGAAAAGGUUCAGGGGUCAGAUGCAGGGACUUUUUUUUUCUUUGUGUGAACUUUAACCAUAUUUGAAUUCAAAGUUCAAGUUGGCCCAAAACAGACAUCCUUUAUUUUUUUGUAAUUAAAUAAUAUUUUUGUAGUUAAAAACUGUUGUGGUUUUCAAUGCUUGCAUUAAUGGAAAUGCAUAUUAUGUCUUGUAUUUAAAAAAUAAAAUAGUUUCCUGAGCUGUGAUGUUAUCUUACUUUCCUUA